UCUCUCUCUCUCCUUCAAUACUUCCAUUUGCUUUCUCUCACUACCUUCCAUUUCCUCCCAUCUCAGCUGCAGUGAAAAUCUAGCGAAAGUUCGGAUACUUGGGCCGACGAUUCCUCAGAAAGGCUCUCAAUUCUUUUCCGAUUGGAAAAAAAUAAUUCACAGAUUGAUUCUUGGGCUAAACAGGCAGCCUUGGGUGGGUGGAUACACAUAUUGAAGUCUGCUGGAGUUAUCAUCAUGCCGUGGGCGCUCUCGUCUGUGUAUUAUUGUGGGAAUUGUGUGCGAAUGGUUGUGUUCUUUCUCAUGAUUCUGUAAAUUGGUUGAAUUUGAGGGUUUUGAUUGUAGUGAAAAAGGGUCUCAGUCUAAAAUCUGUUGGAGGAGUGAGAAUGUACAUUGCUUUUACACUAAAGAGUUACAGAGCAGUCAAGGAAGUUGGACAGUUUAAAAUGUGUGUUGGGAACAUCGUUUACGACCAAUUGAUGCAAGUUUGUCAGGCUGAGUAUUUCCGUCAGUUGCUCAAACCUGUUACGUAGUGUUGCUUCUUUGGACGCUUGGGGAAGGUGGGGAUUUUUCUACUUCUUUUUGUGGUGUAGAGUUCUGGAAGAAGUAAUCAAGUGAUCAAUGCAGUAGCUGCCGGUUUGUGUGGGGAUUUGUGCUGCUUCUUUUACAAUGGACGCACCCUAGACAUCUUAGCUUUUAGUUCUGUUAAAAAAACCUUUCAUACAGCUUCCUUCUAUAUUCAAAACCUUUCUUCAAGACACAUUUGCGUCUCCGUGAACUGCAUUCGUUCGUUGCAGUUACUCAUGCAGAGUAACCAACCGUUCUUACCUCAAAAGACUAUGCUGCCUCUUGCAGACGGAGUAGGUAGUGGCUAUAACUACGAUGCUUCUGCUAGAUCUUUUUUGGAUACGAUGGCCGUAUCUCCAGGCUACAACCCCGCUCUGCCCUCCCAGAAUGUUAAAUUGCAGCUUUCCGAGGCUUGCCCGAAGAAUUUCAUCAUCUUUGAUCAGACGGAUUAUAGAAGCCAGAUCAUGUUCCACCCUGCAAUGGCCUCCAAUUUUUACCCUCAUCUAAACAUCAAUGCAUCUCCUUUGUAUCAAGAUGGUAUGGAGGAAAUAAACGCCAACAAUGAGGGUCGAGAAAUUUCAUCUCAACAAGAAGAUUCAGAUGACAUUGAUGCAUUGAUGGAUUUGAUGAGCUUUGAAGAGGAGAAUUACGCGGAAAGUGAGGACGAAGAACUUAGCACAGCACGCAUGGAUGCAAACUAUGGUAGUAGUUCACCUGAUUCUUGCUCAAAUUACCCGUGCCACAAGAGGUCCUCUGUCAGUGGUGAAAGCUGCAGCAAAAGAAAGAAACUGAGGAAAAUGGUAAAGACGUUAAGAGGAAUUGUUCCUGGUGCAAACGGGAUGAACACCGUGGCCGUCCUUGACGAAACCGUUAGGUAUCUGAAAUCGCUCAAGGUUGAAGUGCAGAAACUAGGAAUAAAGAAUUUACGGAGCUAAUUCAUGACGCCUUUUCAAUAAUAUGAUGAAACGGAGUUCCUUCACUACUCUUCAGUAAUCUCAACUAUUUAGAAUGUCUGUGGCUUGGCUAAUGAUGCCUCUUUGGUUUCAGUUUCAUUGUCGGGAAUUCGGGAUUACUAUAAUGCUUUUGCUGCCUCAUAUGCCACUUCGGUGCAAAGGCAAACUCCAAGGAUUGUAUUUUCCCCGAUGAAGGACGAGAUCUACUGUGCUAGUGUUUUCUUUCUAUAUUGUCUGAUGACACCAGGUAUUAUGUUUAGUCUAACCUGUUCUAAGUUGACUAUGGCUGCUGUUUUCUAUUAUCUUCUGUAACUGCAAGGUGUGUUUUCUACUGGCUUUUUACUGUUUCCACUAUCAGACAAUAAUGACAAUAAAUUAUUUGGGCUAAAAUUUUUCUACAA